GAAACGGAAGCGCGAAAGUCGAUUAUUCACGGCAGCUUUGCGACGUUUGUAAAUCUCCACGGCGGCGACGGCGCGGCGGCGGCGAUGAUUAAUAUUUACAUAUCUCCCUGUUUGAAGCAGCAACAGGAGCUUUCAUUCGAGAUAUGUUCUCUCUCACUACUCUCUUUCCACUCUCAAUCGCUUCUCUCAAACCCUCUCUUGUAUCAAAUCUCAGACCUCUCCAUCCAUGUCUUGCCAAAAAUAAUCGCUGGCGGCAGCCCAGGGCGGAACUGUCGUUUGACGCGCCAUUUGCGGCGGCAAUCGGAGGCUGUAUUAUCAAUUCGUUCGUUUUCCCGAUCGCUCCAUCUCAGGAAGAGGAGGAAGCUGAAUCUUUGAUCGAUACUACUGAUGCUAGAUUCGCUGUUAUGGGGAUCAUAAGUUUUAUUCCCUACUUUAAUUGGAUGAGUUGGGUAUUUGCGUGGUUGGAUACUGGUGAAGCUCGUUAUGCUGUUUAUGCUAUUGUGUAUCUGGCUCCUUAUUUGAGGUCAAACUUGUCUUUAUCACCAGAAGAUAGUUGGUUGCCUAUUGCCAGCAUUAUCUUGUGCAUUAUGCACAUACAGCUUGAAGUAAGCAUUAAAAAUGGAGAUAUUCAAGGUUUUCAGAUGUUUCAAAAGGCUGGAAAGCAUCUUGAAGAUGUUGAUGAAGAAAGGAAGAAGCAUUAGCCUUGUUUUGUCUUUUAAACUCCUUGACGACUCGACAGUAACAUUGGGAUUAUAAGUCGAAAUGAACCCAAUUUUCUUUGUUUAAUAUAGUCAUUUUGGAAAUGUAUUUUUUUGUGAAAUUGUAGACAUC